AUGUGGCCUAAUCAGUCUUGGGGAUUUGGCACCUACAAUGGCCUCCCUCAUCGUUUCCCAACCAACUUUAUGCAGAAUAAAUAUAGAGAUCAACUCCGUCCCCAGCAGUUUUCCAUGGAACAAACUACAGGACCAAGCUUUGAUCCUGGUCAAGAGAAGAUGGCUGAGAAGGAAGAGAAGUACGACAUAUCUCCCCAGCAACAAGGGAAUAGGGAACAGAAUUUGUCCAGGCUAGAAAUCAGUCCUCUGGCUCGCGAGCUAAAAGAGAAAGUCAAACAAAGUAUGGCACUCAGGCAAAGCAAAGACAAGGCAGUGCAGCAGCAGUCAUUUACCAAGCCUCAACCAAAAGGCCAAGAUGUCCAGGAGAUGAUAAACAAUAUCAUCGAGCGCCAAGACCAAGGCCACCAUCCCACAAAUAUAUCCGAACUGACCGGAUCUCAAGAGGAAAAUUUCGAGACUGAGAAACCAGCUGCGACACUUCCAACUACUCCCAGGGUACUCAAGAAAUCGCCCUUGUCAACAUAUCCGAUCCCAGUUUACUGCCCAGAAUUGCCGCAGGGGUGCACAAAUAUCCAAGACGAUAUCCUGGACAACGCCCUCGGCGGCCCAAAGCGCUCUAAGGGACACACUGCCCAAGCGUCCUGCGCCAAAGAGUGCGGCGAGAGGGACAUGGACAAGCUCAUGGCCAACACCGACCUCAAGACCAGUAGUAGCAAAAACGAGGAGCAUAAAGGCACCAAGACCAUCGAUAUCCCAUCAGUUGUUACGGAUGGAGACCUGGAACAGGAUGUCAUCAUGUGGCUCCAACAAACCGGGUUCUACAACAAAGCAAAGCGUACUGAUGCUUUGGCCAGAUGGAAGGGACUGGCCAAGGCGGAGAAAGCGCUGGCCAGGCUCCAGCCAGUGGAUAAGGGGUCUGGAUUCACCCUGACCAACACUUCCAAAGUGCCCAGGGAGACCAAUAUGGGAACAAAACCCGGUGCUGUCAACGACGGCCCACAAGUUGUUUGCAGACCGGAGCAAGAUGAUCGAGGCAGCAGCCAAGCGACUUCAGUAUAUAUGAGCAAGCCCUCAAAGAAAAGAGAACGCGGCCGUGGUGCCGGACGUCAUCGCUCGUCAAGUCCCAGAGGCCGAUCCGUAAGCUGGCUAUCUCAACGAGCCGACGGUUCUGGACCGGCCCCUACAUCGAAAACUCCACGCACGCCACCCCGAGCUCCCCUGUUAGGUCAUAGAGAGUAUAGAGAAUAUAGAGAUGACAGAGACCUUAAUAUCGAGCCAUGA